AUGGUCCAAAAGACUGUGAUGAAGGUCAACAUAUCAUGCAACAAAUGCAAGACUAACAUCUUCAAAGCUGUAUCAGGCUUACCAGGAGUUGAUAAAGUGGAAGUGGAUGGAGCAAAGGGAACACUAAGUGUGACAGGUGAUGCAGAUCCAUAUGAGAUAAUAGUGAAAACAAGGAAAGUUGGAAAAUUUGCAGAAGUGGUGAGUAUCGGGCCCCCUCCGAAACCGCAAGAGAAAAAGCCAGAACCGAAGAAGCCCGAAGAAAAAAAGGCAGAGCAAAAGCCACUUGAACAUAUUCAUCAUACGCCCUUCAUAUGCUCACUUUGUGAGAGGAUGUCGGUUUACCCCAUCACUCAUUGGGAACAACCUACUACACAAUGCAACAUCCUGUGA